AUGGCCACUCGCGGACAAGAUCAAGCACGUUCACGAGAGAGUAGAAAUGAGCAAUCGGCUGAUAACCAUGCCGAGUUCAUGGCGGUGAUGGCGAACCUGGCAAGCACAUUGGAAGCGAAUGCUGCUGUGACUCUACAAGCUGUGCGGAGGUUAAUCCAACCGGCCAGAAGCGGAAACGAAAAUGGAGAAGGUGCUGAGGACAGCUUGAGUGGUGUUUUGAGGACUCUAGUUGCUUUUCGGAAAGCUGGUCCACUGGUUUUCAAUGGUUUGACAAACCAUACUGAAGCGGAAAACUGGUUCCAAACUGUGGAGCAUGCAUUGCUAACUCAUCAUGUACCGUAUGACAAGUUUGUGAAAUAUGUGACUUAUCAACUAGUGGGAGGAGCUCAGCAAUGGUGGCAAGGAGAGCGCCGACUGCUACGCCAACAGAACAUGAACAUUACCUGGGCGUUAUUUGGGGAGGCUUUCUACAAGAAGUACUUUCAUGAGUCACUAAGGGAGGCCAGAGAAUUGGAGCUCUUGCAGCUGAAGCAAAGGUUCACGACUAUAGCAGAAUACACCGGAAAGUUUGAGGAACUCUGUAAGUUCUCAAGGAUAAGUCAAGGUACUCCUGAGUCUUACGAGGAAUGGAAAUGCAUCGGAUACGAAGUGGGGUUGAGAGAAGACAUCAAGCGUGUUGUAGCUCCACUGAUGAUAAGGAGAUUUUCUGAAUUGGUGGACACGGCAAGGUUUGUUGAGGAAUAUGCAAGGACGGUAGCCUCAUCAAGGAACACCCAUGGAGGGAAUUCUAGUUGGGAACUCGAUGAUCACCUCGGACCAAGGGGACAGAACUUCAAGAAAGAUGGACAUACUCCCCAGCAACUGCAAGGUCAAGGGAACUUUGGAAGGGGCAACAAAGCUCAGUUCCAUCAGGUGAAAGGAAAUGGUCAUUGCUAUAAUUGUGGAAAACCUGGGCAUAUAUCUAAGUAUUGUCGCCAUGGGAGGAAACGAGAUGAGGGCCAGAAUCAAUAG